AUGGUGACCCUCGCACCCCCGUCUUUGAGGGGUGUUCCCCCUCCCCCCUUUUGCCCUCUGUUGCCUCUGCUGCUGCGGCCGACCUCGUUGGGCUUGAGUCGGUCGGUGCGGCGUCUACCCCUAGCGGGAGACGUCGCCCUGGCAAGGGCAAGGGGGGCAGGGGCACUGGAGGAGCUAGCGGGGGCGGUGGAGGCGGAGGUGGAGGCGGUGGAGGGGGUGGGGGUGGCGGUGGGGGUGGUGGCGGGGGUGGCGGUGUCGGUGGCGGCAGUGGAGGCGGCGGCGGCGGUGGCGGUGGGAGCGGAGGUGGCGGCGGUGGAGGAGGAGGCGGUGGAGGAGGUGGAGCUGGUCGGGGUGGCGCUGCGCAGAGGGUCGGCUCCGUGA